AUGGGACAUGGAAACCAGACCAGCGUCUCCGAGUUUCUUCUCCGGGGGCUCUCCCAGUGGCCAGAACACCAACAUCUCUUCUUUGGAUUGUUUCUGUCCAUGUACCUGGUCACCAUGGCAGGGAAUAUACUCAUCUUCCUGGCCAUUGUCUCCGAAGCCCGCCUGCACACCCCCAUGUAUUUCUUCCUGGCCAGUCUCUCCUUUGCUGACAUUGGUCUAUCUUCCAGCACAGUCUUGAAGAUGUUAUUCAACCUUUAUACACAGCAUCACACCAUCUCCUACACAGGGUGCCUGACACAACUCUAUUUCUUUCUUUCCUUUGGGGAUAUGGACAGUUUCCUGCUUGCGGUGAUGGCAUAUGAUCGCUACAUGGCCAUCUGUCACCCACUCCAUUAUGGCACGGCCAUGAGCCCACGGGUGUGUGUCGUUCUGGUGAGCGUGUGCUGGGUGAUCACUAAUCUCCAUGCUCUCUUGCACACUUUACUCAUGGCAAAAUUGUCCUUCUGUGUGCUUGGGGAAAUAUCCCACUUUUUUUGUGACAUCAGUCCCCUGUUGAAAGUAUCUUGCUCUGACACUCAUAUUAAUGAGUUAAUGGUUUUUGUUGUAGGUGGUCCAAUUAUGACAGUUCCUUUCCUAUGCACUCUGGUCUCUUAUAUCUGCAUUGUCUACACCAUUCUCAGAAUGCCAUCCUCAGGGGGUGGCAGGAGCAAAGCUUUCUCUACUUGUAGCUCUCACCUCUCUGUGGUCUGUACGUUUUAUGGACUGAUCAUGAUGAUGAAACAUGCUAUCCUUUACAGAGAGAUGACAGAUUAA